CUGCUUGCCCUGUAAUAUUUACCCGCUAGCGCUUUUAUUCACUGUAUUUUCCUGUGUUAGGCAUUUAUUCAUAAGUAGGUCACGUUCCGCGUUUCUCGUCACGUUAUAGAGCAAAAAAGGAAGGUUCUUGAUCACUUUCUGGGCUGUUCGAUGCGGACGUUUUUGUCUAAUAGAAUUACACUCCUCGAUCACCAAUGUAUCUGAGCAGCCCCACCCCUGGGACCAUGUUUGACAUAUUUUGUUACAUAUUUUCCCUCCGUGAAGACACAAUAGUUUUAAACACUUACAAUGACGUAUUUUACCAUUCUUUCUAGAAAUAUGAGAACAAAGACCCUGAGCAGGGCGUUAAAUUCACUGGGCAGAUACAAGAGGAAGACCAACUCGAAAACAUCUACGAUUAUAUCGACAACAAUCCAGCACCCCAGGAACACGAGGAAGUGCCACUGUCAGGACACAGUCCUGAGGAAAACCCCUUAUUAGGUGUUGAAAGUCAAGUCAAGAAGCCUCCUCAAGCAAGACCGCUGCCUCCGAUUCCACAAAUUGAAAAGGAGACUCAAAGAAUGGAAGAAAACUCGGAACAUAAUGUGACCUGUUUGGGUACGUUGCAGUCAGAGACCCAGAAUCCUAAUUUUCAGACGCCAGGUAAGGGAGGUAGAGGCAACAUCCUUGAAGGACAAGACAUCCCCUUGGAUAUUGAAGAGAAUACUGAUCUUAUUUUAGUUUGGCAAGAGACUGAAAAGGAACCUGGGUUAUUGCCUUCACGUGGCUCCAUGAGUGAACCAGAAGCUGAAACAAAGCCAAAGCUAGGUGCUUUAGGUGUUGGCUUUUCACCUGCCCAUGAGCCCCCAAAAGUUAGAGAGUUGCUGCCAACACCGGACUUUGAAGCCACGCCUCCCAGACCUCCAAAGCCUACCAAAGAAACUAAACAGGGCACAAAAUAUGAUGAAAGUUCUUCUAGCAAUUCCCAAGAGAUCGAGGAAGACUAUGAAAUCGACCUAAAAAGACUUGAAGUCCGAGAUGAAGUGCUUGGAGAAGGGGAAUUUGGAAUUGUUUAUAAAGGACGCUAUCAUUGUAAGGAUACGAAAGUCAUUGAUGUAGCAGUGAAACAGUUGAAAGACACGGCUGAUAAGACCGAGAAAGUUGCCCUACUCAGUGAAAUACAGAUUUUGAAGGGGGCGGGACGGCAUCCUAAUAUAGUCAACUUGGUUGGCGCGUGCACCCAGGGUGAAAAUAUUCUUCUGGUCACUGAUUUGAUUCCCGGAGGAACCCUUGAAAGUUUGUUGACUUCCAAGCCUGCCCCUGAUGAGCACGGCAAGUACGAGAAUAUCAAAUGUGCGCUGAAUGAUCGGGAGCUGAUGAAAAUUGCUCUGCAGAUCGCCACAGGAAUGCAGCACUUGGAAAGCAAGAAGUGUAUACAUGGCGACUUAGCAGCAAGAAAUGUCCUUAUUGACGAAAAUAAAGUUGCUAAGCUUGGAGACUUUGGAUUGGCAAGAGAUAUCUCAGAUCGUGGCAUAUACAACAAGACGUCCAAUGGUAGGGUCCCCUGGAGAUGGCUGUCUUUAGAAUCCUUGAGAUAUCUAGUCUAUACAUCACAGAGUGACGUAUGGUCUUUUGGUAUUGUCUUAUGGGAAAUUACCACCUUUGGUCAGCUCCCCUACCCUGAUAUAGCAACACCACGGGCUCUUGUAAGUUUCCUCUCCUCUGGAAGACGGAUGCCUCGUCCCGACCAUUGCACUGAGGAACUAUAUGCACUUAUGCAAAGCUGUUGGAUGGAAAACCCCUUGAUGAGGCCUACUUUUGAAGACAUAACAAAACGGAUCAAAUGUCUCUUGAAGACGUUUAAGAAAUCGUACGUGAAUGUGCAACAUGAUGACAUCACUGAUGACUCAGAAAGCUCAUAAGAGAGAGAGUGACAUGUUAUUGUUUUGUAGAAUAAGGUGGACGCUGUAGUUUACUUAGUUUCGAUAAGGACAAAACAUUUGGUUAAGAUAAGAGAACGCGUCAUACCUUGAAAUUGUCACUUUUUCUUUAGUAGAAAGAAACCACUGAAAUUUAAUUCACGAUGCGUGGGAAUUAUUCAGUUGACAGUAAUGUAAGUAAAUUGUUUGGCAAUAGUAUGUUUGUUUAGUAACUUCUGCAUAAUUAAUGAAAUCUGCUUGUACAUAGUCAGUUCCUUUGAAGAUCAAUAUGGUCCCAGGCAUUUUUUCCAGCAGUAUUCACAAACUUUGUCUUUUACCACAAAGGUUUAAUUUGUAGAAUAGAUCAUAUUUUCUUAGCCGUAUUUUAUAUAAAUUUGUGUCAAUGAUAAAAAUCAUUGUAAAGUAAAUACUUAUGAUAAAUUGAUGGAAACCCGCAUGCACAUAGUCAGUUCCUCUUAAGAUCAAGAGCCUCAGGUUUCAGCAUCCUUAAUAACCACAAAGGUUUCAUUGAUAGAAUUUGUCAUAUUCACUUAGCAGUAGUGUAUAUAAAUUGUGCCAAUGAUGUCUUGAUAUAGUAAAGACUUUCAAUUGAUGGAAACCAGUUUGUAUAAAAUCAGUUCCUCUGAAGAUCAAGCGCCUCAGGAAAACAAGAUAUGGUCACCGACAUUUUUCCUAGCAGUUUUUCAUUCAUCGUUCUUAAACUUUGUCUCUAACCACAAUAGAUUGAUUAGGAAAAUAAAAUAACUUUAAUUAAGAAAGAAAAUGAGUCGUAUUUUGUUGUUUCACAGCUCUUGGUGUCUUCUUUUUCUCAGUACCAGGUUGUGGAACUGAAACAGUGCACGAGCGUUUCAACUUGCUGCGUAUGUGCACGAUGUGUUUGUCGUUAUUAUCUUGUGCUUUUUCGUGUCCAUCC